UCAACUUGACUGUUCAAAUAAUUCAAACAUCCUUGCUGCUCGGCAUCGCCGUCGCCGGCGAUCAGAUGGCCGAUGACAUGGUACCGCAAUCUUCUUCUUCGCAUGGAGCCUCUCCGCUGGGAUCUUCAGUCAUCCCUAUUAUGAACCAGCUACAAGACAUUUUCGCUCAGCUCCCAAAUCAAUCUAUUAUAGAACUUCCUCAAGUGGCCGUCGUCGGUAGUCAGAGCAGCGGCAAGUCGAGCGUGCUUGAAGCCCUAGUUGGCAGGGAUUUCUUGCCCAGGGGCUCUGAUAUCUGCACUAGACGACCACUAGUUCUUCAGUUAUUGCAGACAAAGAGGAAUCAGGAUGGUUCUGAAGAGGAGUACGGGGAGUUCUUGCAUUUACCUGGGAAGAAAUUCCACGAUUUCAAUGACAUUAAGUUGGAAAUUCAGGCUGUGACAGAAAGGGAGGCAGGUGGGAACAAAGGUGUUUCGAACAAGCAGAUCCGUUUGAAAAUAUUUUCUCCAAAUGUUCUUGAUAUCACUUUGGUGGAUUUACCUGGUAUAACAAAGGUUCCAGUUGGUGAUCAACCACCUGAUAUUGAAGCUCAGAUUAGAACGAUGAUAAUGUCAUAUAUCAAAUAUCCCACCUGCUUGAUAUUGGCGGUAACACCAGCAAAUUCUGACCUAGCAAAUUCAGAUGCUCUCCAGAUAGCUGGAAAUGCCGAUCCAGAUGGUGAAAGAACAAUUGGUGUAAUCACUAAGUUGGAUAUCAUGGACAGAGGUACAGAUGCCCGGAACUUUUUGCUUGGGAAAGUAAUUCCUUUGCGUCUUGGUUAUGUGGGGGUUGUCAACCGCAAUCAAGAGGAUAUUACGCUUAAUCGCAGUAUAAAGGAUGCUCUAGUGGCCGAGGAAGAGUUUUUCCGAAGUCGACCAGUAUAUAAUGACCUUGCUGAUCGCUGUGGUGUUCCCCAGCUUGCAAAGAAGUUGAACCAGAUACUUGUUAAGCAUAUCAAGACACUACUUCCCGAGUUGAGAUCCCAUAUUAAUACAACACUAGUUUCUGUUGCAAAGGAGUAUGCCAGCUAUGGAGAGAUCACAGAAUCAAAGGCAGGCCAGGGAGCUCUUCUUCUGAAUAUUCUAUCAAAGUACUGUGAUGCUUUUUCUUCAAUGAUAGAAGGGAAAAAUGAAGAAAUGUCAACAGAUGAGCUGUCUGGAGGAGCACGAGUUCAUUAUAUUUUCCAGUCCAUAUAUGUUAAAAGCUUGGAGGAGGUAGAUCCUUGUGAUGACUUAACUGACGAUGACAUCAGAACUGCAAUUCAAAAUGCAACUGGGCCCCAGUCUGCAUUAUUUGUACCAGAGGUUCCCUUUGAAGUUCUUGCUCGAAGGCAAAUUGCUCGUCUAUUGGACCCAAGUCUGCAGUGCGCUAGAUUCAUUUAUGAUGAGUUAGUAAAGAUGAGCCAUCGUUGCAUGGUAAAUGAAUUACAACGACAUCCUUUUCUUAGGAAGCGGAUGGAUAAGGUUAUUGGGAAUUUUCUGCGAAAAGGCCUUGAACCCUCAAAAACAAUGAUUGAGAACAUUAUUGCAAUGGAGAUGGAUUACAUUAAUACUUCACACCCAAAAUUUGUGGGUGGGAGUAGAGCUCUAGAAAUUGCUCUCCAACAGACCAGGUUGAAUAGGGCAUCCACAUCCAAUCCUAGGCCAAAGGAUGGUGUGGAUCCAGAAAAAACACCUGCACCUGAUAAAAGCAAGGUUCGUGCUAUGCUUGCCAUAACUACAAAUGGAAAUGUCCCUGGUCAGGCAGUGAGGCCUGUUACAGAAGGUGAAAAGCCAUCAUCUGGGAGUACCAACAAUUUACCUUGGGGGAUCUCAUCUAUUUUUGGUGGUUCUGACAAUCGCACAUCUUCCAAAGAGAACUCAACAAGCAAGCCAUUCAGUGAACCUGCUCAAAGCAUGGAUUAUGGCGUCUCUUUGAUUCAUUUAAGAGAGCCUCCAUCUGUCUUGAGGCCUUCAGAAACCUAUUCAGAUCAAGAGACCAUUGAAAUAACAGUCACGAAACUGCUGUUGAGGUCAUACUAUGACAUUGUGCGAAAGAAUGUAGAGGAUUCCAUUCCUAAAGCGAUUAUGCACUUCCUGGUAAACCACACAAAACGGAACCUUCAUAAUUUUCUUAUUAAAAAGCUUUACAGGGAUAACCUGUUUGAAGAAAUGAUGCAAGAGCCUGAAGAGGUAGCGACCAAAAGGAAAAUUACUCGCAAAAUGCUCGGUGUCCUUCAACAGGCCUUCAGGACAUUGGAUGAAUUAAGUUUCGAUGCGGGGACAGUUGAGAGAGGUGGUUACAACCUAAAGAGUGAUUCAACUGGACUUCCAAAAAUACAAGGCACCAUCCCUUCUUAUUCUUCUUCAUCCAUGUAUUCUUCAAGCAGCAGCAGAGGAUCAACCUACUCUUAUGCAGAAACUUCACCAUCACAUUCUGGUGUCUUCAGAUGAAGUGGGUGGUGAUUGAGUACCAGUUGGAGGUAUAUGUGAACGAGUAGGGGUAUAUGAGUUGUAUGACUCGAUAAUGGGAAAUGAUGAAGUGAUCGAGGAUGUAGAAGAGUGAUAUUUGGUAUUAUCUAGAUUCUCCACUUGAAUAUCAUAAACUAGAUAUGGUUGAUUUUCAAAGAAAGUGACAUCCAUCGUGGUGUAUCUUUCUUUGUGAUAGUAGAAUAAUGUCGAUAUUCUUUUUGAAAUGGUGAAUAUCCUAUA